ACGAUCAAGCCACGCCGACCCACCGUCAACGCUACGCCGGCGAGCUGCACACAUCCCCCCAUGCGGCUCUGGCUCCGACCUCGCGAGCAUCGCAGCAACCAUGUCGGGCGACACCGAAGCCCGCCCUAACGAAGCCCGCCCGACCUUCGUCUCCCCGCGCACGCUGCUCGAGCAGGCGCGCCCGAUCCUGCCGCCGCGCACCUUCACCGCGCUCGACCGCGAGCAGCUGGACGGCCUGCGCACCAUCCGCGCCUUCCUCAAGGCCCGGACCAGCUAUGACGUGCUGCCCAUCAGCUACCGUCUGAUCAUCCUCGACACGGCCCUGCGCGUGCAGAAGAGCCUAAACAUCCUCACCCAGAACGGCAUCGUGUCCGCGCCACUAUGGGACUCCAAGACGUCGACCUUCGCCGGCCUGCUGACCACCGCCGACUACAUCAACGUCAUCCAAUACUACUGGCAGAACCCCGAUGCCCUCCAGAAGGUGGACAAGUUCCGCCUGAGCAGCCUGCGAGAAAUCGAGAAAGCCCUAGGCGUCAAGCCCAUUGAGACGAUAUCGUGCCACCCGGACCGCCCCGUCUACGAGGCGUGCCGCAAGAUGCUGGAGUCGCGCGCGCGCCGCAUCCCCGUGGUCGAAAUCGACGACGAGACCAAGCGCACCAUGGUCGUCUCGGUCAUCACCCAGUAUCGCAUCCUCAAGUUCAUCGCCGUCAACGUCAAGGAGACGCAGAAGCUGCGCAAGCCGCUGCGCGAGAUGAACGUCGGCACCUACGACGACAUCGCCACGUGCUACAUGGACACGCCCGUCAUGGACGUCAUCCACAUGCUGGUCAAGAAGAACAUCAGCAGCGUGCCCAUCAUCGACAAGCAGGGCACGGUCCUCAACGUCUUCGAGUCCGUCGACGUCAUCGCCCUCAUCAAAGGCGGGUCCUACGACGACCUGAACCUGACGGUCGGCGACGCGCUGCUCAAGCGCUCCGCUGACUUCCCCGGCAUCUUCACGUGCUCGGUCCAGGACAGCAUGUCGACCAUCUACGACACGAUCCGCAAGUCGCGCGUGCACCGCUUCAUCGUGAUUGACGAGGACGCGAAGCUGAGGGGCGUGCUGACGCUGAGCGACGUGCUGGAGUUUACGCUGCUGGAGGGCGUGGAGGAGGAUUAGACGGGAUUUAACAGGAUUUAACAUGGAGACUGGUAUGCAGACUGGGAGAAGAUUAGCCAGCAACUAACCCCCCCAAGCAGCGAAUCUUAACACAGCGCAUGUCAUCAAGCACAU